AUGCGCGGCGCCACGAUCCUCAAGUCUAGCGACGACAAAACACGCCAACUCAACAAACACACCCUUCUGGCCUUCUCUGGCGAAGCGGGGGACACUGUACAGUUCGCAGAAUUCAUCCAAGCGAAUGUUGCACUCUACUCAAUGCGCAAUGAGACGGAUCUAGGUCCUUCCGCGGUGGCCAGCUUUGUGAGAGGAGAGUUGGCGCGGAGUUUGAGGAGCAGGAAACCAUACACGGUGAACUUGUUACUCGGGGGUGUCGACCCGAUCACGAGAGAGCCAAGUCUUUAUUGGUUGGAUUACCUUGCGAGUAGUGUGAAGGUGCCGUACGCGUGUCACGGAUAUGCCCAGUAUUACUGCCUCUCCAUUCUCGACAAACACCACCACCCAGACAUUUCCUUCGAACAAGGCAUGAAGAUCCUGCGCAUGUGCACGGACGAACUACAGCGACGUCUACCCAUCGACUUCAAGGGCAUGACGGUGAAAGUGGUGAAGAAAGACGGCAUUGUGGAUAUGGAGUAUGACACUAGCAAACAGGUUCUCGCUGCUUGA